UUCAAGUCCUGACACCCGUCCCCUGCCUCUUGUUGUGGCAAAGGUCUUUUUUUCCCCUCUCUCCGUGCCCUUCUGAGGAGGACGGCUUGCAUCCUGCAGUUUUCCUUUGAGCGUUAAAAGAAGCCAAGCACAAUGGUACAUGGCGAAGGUGGUGUGCAAUUCCAGAACUGGGCUAAGACCUACGGUUCCUCUCCAGAACUGUAUUUCCAGCCAACAACCGUCGAUGAGAUCAAAGAGAUCUUGGGUCUGGCUCGGCAGAAAAGUAAGAAGGUGAAAGUGGUUGGGGCUGGACACUCCCCUUCGGAUAUUGCCUGCACUGAUGACUUCAUGAUCCAGAUGGGAAAGAUGAAUAAGAUCCUGAAGGUGGACAAAGAGCAGAAGCAGGUGACCGUAGAAGCUGGGAUCUUUCUCUCUGAUUUGAACGUGGAGUUGAGCAAACACGGCUUGGCUUUGCCUAUUCUAGGAGCUGUUUCGGAUGUGACCGCAGCCGGGGUCAUUGGCACAGGCACUCACAACACAGGGAUUGGGCACGGAAUAAUGGCUACUCAGGUGAUAGCCCUGACCCUGUUAACAGCUUCUGGGGAAAUCCUGGAGUGCUCCAGAACGGUGAAUCCUGAACUCCACCAAGCUGCCUGCGUACACCUGGGCUGUUUGGGCGUCAUCCUCACCGUCACCUUCCAGUGCGUGACGGAGUUCUACCUGCAAGAGACCACCUUCCCAUCCACGCUCAAGGAGGUCCUGGACAACCUAGAGAGUCACCUGAAGACAUCGGAGUAUUUCCGUUUCCUUUGGUUUCCUCACAGCGACAAUGUGAGCAUCAUCUACCAAGAUCACACCAACAAGCCUCCCUCUUCCUCCGCCAACUGGCUCUGGGACUAUGCCAUUGGGUAUUACCUGCUGGAGUUCCUUCUCUGGAUCAGCACAUUCCUGCCCUUCCUGGUUCCCUGGAUCAACCGCUUCUUCUUCUGGCUCCUCUUCACUGGCAAAGUGGAAAACGUCAACAUGAGCUACAAGGUCUUCAAUUACGAGUGUCGCUUUAAGCAGCACGUGCAGGAUUGGGCCAUCCCCAUUGAGAAAACAAAAGAGGCUCUCCUGGAACUGAAGGGGAUACUGGAGAGCAAUCCCAAAGUGGUCGCCCAUUACCCAGUGGAAGUGCGGUUCACCCAGGGGGACAACAUCCUGCUGAGCCCGUGUUUCCAGAGGGACAGCUGCUACAUGAACAUCAUUAUGUACAGGCCCUACGGGAAAGAUGUCCCGCGCCUUGACUACUGGCUCGCCUAUGAGGGCAUCAUGAAGAAGGUCGGAGGGCGGCCGCACUGGGCCAAGGCCCACACAUGCACCCGGAGGGACUUUGAGAAGAUGUACCCCAGCUUUCAGAAGUUCUGCUCCAUCAGGGAAAAGCUGGACCCCAGAGGAAUGUUCUUGAAUGGCUACCUGGAGAAGGUCUUCUAUUGAGGAGCAGAAUGGAGAAGACAGCAAUGGAGGCUAGAGAACCCCUUCACUAAGGGGUCUCUUGUAGUUAUCGUCACGAUGGAUCAGUAACAGUCCUUUGCAGAGAUCUGAUACCAAACCAAGCUCUUGAGGGACACGUUGCUCUCAGAACCUCUCAGCUAAUUUAAAUGGCUUUGUUUUGGAAGGCUCAAGGUGCAAUCCUAUGCAUGCGUAGACAGAAAAAAAAGUACGACGACAGCAGUGCUUGCUGUGGAAUGCUGGGAGUUGUAGAACAUUUUACUAUCUAAACAUGCACAGGAUUGCGCCCUUUGUUAGAGAAAGGUUCCAAAAUAGGAAGGCAAUACCUUUAUUAGGAACAGCUAAAACAGCAGGGCCACACCCCCUCUGAAAAUAUAAACGCCAACAAAAUAUAACAUUUGUUUUUUGUCUCUACCAAUAAUUGGAACUAUUGUUUUGAGGUUUUCUUUUCCAAUGGGCCAACACAGGUGCCUGGAAACGUAUCUGACAUGCCCUGCUGAAAGGGGGCAGGUGGGGUUAUG